AUGUGUUUAUGUUAUUCUAUCCGUCUUUAGCUUUAAAAUGAUAUAUAGUUUGACCAUAUUGUACCACAUUGAAUGAAGAAAAACCAAAGCGAAUUUUUAAUAAAUUUUAUCCCCCCCAUGAACCUUAAUAUUGACAAUAAGAGUCCCAAAGAAUGUCAUACACAAACGUUCGAAAUUAUCGUUUCUUACGGAGGAAUCCGAGAUAGCCGAUGUAUCACGAUUGCUACCCACGAUGCAACAGUAAUUCCAAAACAAAAUUGCGGUUAGAAAAGAACGCCGAAGUACAGUUAUUCAUCUAAUUUAAUAAAAGUUCGCACAAUGAGGAAAUCAAAUAGGCAUGUUGUGCUCAUUGUACAUAAGGCACAGGAAAAGACCUGCAUGAGCAAAAAUUGAAUCAGCCAAGUGGGUCAACGUUCCAUGCAAAUGAGUCGUUUGUUAGGCGUUAACACGUCAUGCAGAAAAGAACUACCAUAUGCAUGCUGUCCAGUGGGAGGCUGCCUGUGACGCCCCUCAGAAUAUGACAAAUAGUUAAGUCACUAUGGGAACAUUAAAGGCCCUUGUCUGCGCUUUCCUUAACAUCUAUUGGCUGAUGAUAUAAACGAUACCGCAUACAACCAAGUUCAACAACCUCUAGGAGCUCAUGAAACUACAGGGGGUGAGCAUAUUCAAUAAUCUGAACCAUGGAGAGAACAACAAGGCGCCAUUGUAGGUUUAUUCAAGAGACAGUGCUGACUAUGGGGAGUCAGAAAGUUACGCUGUGACAAUCUUAUGAUUCUAAUCCACGAGAUGACGGACAUAGCCACCGUGUUGGUGUGUAAAUGACUCUGAACUACAAUGUUUAAGUAUAAUUACUAUGUGCUACAAUAAAUGGUUAUGAGCAACUGUGAACAAUGACUGUACAACAUAUGAACUACAAUAAACAUCUUCAUGUAUCAUCUCAGAACCACAUUGAAAAACUAUGAACAUAUGUGAACCAUUUUAAAUUAUUUUUAACUACUCUGAGCUAAUAUAAAAGUGGACUUGUUUGUAUCACUCAUCAACUUCUAUUGAACAAAAAUGAACUACGACUCACAUCAGUGCUAUUUGCUACUCCUAUGAAGUUUUAGGCAAAGAAGACGUUAUUGGGUGCCCUCACAAAAAAUGACAGGGCAAUGCUGAACAAGAAGCUCAAAGUCUUGAUGACGAUUGAUUUCCAAAUUAAACAAGCCAUGCAGAUUUCAAAGAAUAGAAGGGAAAUGGCAAAGACAGCUUUUGAGACACCCACAACUUUGGUCUUCAAGAUUUCCUCCUUACAGGCAAUGCCAGCUUCCUAUUGAGAGACACCUACAUCAAUUGUUACUGUAACUUCACAAUAACCUAAUUCCAGACUCCCAAGGUUUUGGCCUUAAAGGGACCCAUGCAUUCGUUCCAUGCAGCCACAGCUGCCUUUAAGUCACCCAGGCUUUCCACGGCUUCCAUCCUGGCAAACAUUGUUUCCCCUGACCAGACUCCCAGUCAGAACUUGAGGGUGACUCAAUGUCUGUGGCAGGCUGAUGAACCAGUGAUGAAUGAUUUUGGUUUCCUGCCUAUCUGUCCUACAACGCCUGUCAGUGUCAAUGAAUCCUAUUGUCUAUGUAAAACAGGCCAUUGGAAACUGAACAGACUAAAUCUGGGUGCCAGCAAUGCUCCCAUGUGGUUGAAAAGCUAGAAAACAGACUUGCAGAGUCUUGAAAAAUCACACAAUUCUAAGCCAUCAAUCGCAAGGAUUAUGAAAAGUCUCCAGUGGGAAAACUUCUGAUGGUACAAACCCAAAGCUCCGGAAAUAUUGGUCAGAGGGAAACAGUAACUGUCAAUCAGGAAUCCACAGAAGUAUCCGAACUAAAAAAUAGUUCCCAGUGUUAUCAAAUUCAAGGCAAGGUUGCCAAAGUCCAUUGCAAAAGCCAUGAGGACAGAAUGCUCUUUCAAGGGGGGAAAUAACAACUAAGGCGCUGCCUCGUAUCGGACUGACAAUUGCAGAACAAGACACAAUUAUUAGUAAUGAACUUCAACUAAAAUGUUAUUUCCAGACACUUCCAUGUGGACAAGCCAUGCUGGAACAAAAGAUGAGGGGUGCUUUGCACAGAUUCUGUUUAGUGCAUAAAUAAGUGUAUGACCUUGUAAAAAUUUAAAUGAAUAUGGACAUGUGAUAUAAGAACCACAGUGUUAUUUAAAUUUUUCAAAUUGUUAUGUUCUAAAACUUUCUAGUGCUUUGUAGAUUGUUAUAUUUUAGGCAAACAAAGAAAUUUAAGGCCUUGGGCCUCAAACAAAGAAACUGAUUUUUUUUUAGCACGCCGUAUACAACCAGUUGGAGUCUUUUUUCAUAAAAAACAACAUUUUGUACAAAUAUUAGAGUGGGUUUAGGGGGAGGUACUGUACCGACUCCUGCCUUACCCAUCUUACAGAUCACAUGCACAGACCUCUAGGAGUAUGUUCACGGGUAUGAUUAUGCUUGACCUCCAGAAGGCUUUCGACACCAUGGACCAUGUUAUCAUUUGUCAAAAGCUCCUGGAGAUGGGCGUGGAGUCGAUGGAGUGGUUCCACUCAUAUUUGUCUGAUAGGACUCUUUCUGUUCACGUUAAUGAUGCAAAGUCUGACUUUAGGUCGGUUGUGUGCGGUUUCUCACAGGGCAGUUAUUUUUGGGCCUAUUUUGUUCCAAUAUAGAGUUCGUUUUGCAAACUUAUUUUUUAUGCAGACGAUAGUGCCCUUUUGUUUCCUCACAAAGAUCCAUCUUAUAUCAGUCAGGUUCUAGGCAAAGAACUAGCAAAUUGUAGUAAAUUGCUUAUUGAUAACAUACUUUCUUUGCAUCUUGGGAAAACAGAAUUUAUUCUUUUUGGAUCCAAGAGAAAGUUAAGCAAAAUCCAAAAUUUUACUUAUUCAUGUCAUGACUCGCACAUGGCCAGGAAAUAAAAUCUACUAUUACAGUUUUAAAAUAUUUUGGUUCAUUUCUAGAUACUAUAUCUAGAUUGUCAGGUACAUCUAUUGAAGAUAGUAUUUUAAGUAAAGUUAGUUCAAGAACUAAAUUGUUAUAUCAUCAGUAAAGUUUUUUAAAUAAGUCUCUUAGGAAGACUCUUUGUAACUCCUUAAUACAAUGCCAUCUAGACUACGCAUCAUCUUCCUGGUGCUGUGAAUGCCAUCUAGACUACGCAUCAUCUUCCUGGUGCUGUGGCCCUACACAAACUUUAAAAAAGAAACUGCAGGUAGCUCAACACAAAGUUGUAUGUUUUAUUUAUUACUACCAUUGUAGAACAUCACUUCGUGUUGCAGAUUUUAAGGAUCUUAAAUUUUUGAAUAUUGAAAAUAGAUGUUAACAAUUUUGACUUAAUCAUGUAUAUAAGAUUUCGAAACAAUAUAGCACCCAGUUAUAUGCACAACAACUUCACUAAAUGUAAGUAUCCACUCGUACGGGACCAGAUACAAUAAGGGUGAUUAUCACGUACAUCCAGUUGAUACUUUUACUUCCAAAUCUUUUUACCAUAAUGCAAUAAAAGACUGGAAUAACAUGACAAAAAAAUAAAUGAUGCACAAAGUCUAAGUAUACGCUCUAAAAACUUGCUAAGAAGCAUUUAUUAUAAGAAAUGGAAAAAGUUCAGAAACAAGGGUAUCUGUAUUAUAAGCUUUUUUAUCACUUUUAGAUCUGUAAACCAUAAUGUAAUACAUUUUUAAACUGUAAACCAUAUUGUUAUGCAUUUUUAAACUGUUUUUGUGCAAUCAUGUAAAUUUCAUCAUACAACAUGUUUUCUUAUUUAACAUCAAGAUUUUUUUUAUUAACACUAUAAUAUGAUUAUAUGACAUUGUAAGACAGUUGUCACUUUCUUCCAUCAUAUAUGACGUAUUUAUGGUAUACUGUUGCAUCACUUAUAUAUGUAAAUCUUCAUGUGACGGCUUUGGACCCCGUUGGAAAUAAGUUUUGUAUGAUUUUUUGUCAAACUUUUAGGGUAAUCCAGUGCACUUUUAUAUCUAUAACUAAAUAUAAUUUAAUAUUGACCCAAUAAGUGUGAUAACUUGUGAUAGAGUAUGAACCAUAUAUAUAUGUAUUAUUAUCUCUGAUGGUAGCUAUCUGUGAUAUUUCAUGUCAUUAUAUAAUGUUGAAGAUGCUUUUUGACCUAACAUAUUAUUAAGCCCAUGUCUUUCAACAUUAUAUAUUCAUAUCAAUAUAAUUUCUAAAUUCUUACAUAUUGAGGGUUAUUGGUGUUAUAGAAAGAGUUAAUUCAACCUAUUUUUCUUCACUUCAAUUUAUAUAAUGCAAUAUUCCUUAUUUCAUUGACGUUUCAAAUACACUCAUGUGUAAUAAAUGUGCUUGAAAAAAUCUGCUUAAAAGGCACUGGAAAUGCGCUUUAAUAUUAAGCGUAUUAUUUCAUGAAAAAAAACAAGCACUUAAGUUCACUAAUAAAAUACACUUACUGUCUACUUUUGACAAGAUGUGUACAAAUAUUAAGCAAAACUAUAAUCUUAUGUGUAGUAAUACACUAGUAAAGUGUGUUUUUUUAACAUAAAAAAUUGCUUGGUAUAAGCCAAAAAUACAGUGCCAAUACCAUGCACAUUUAGAUCAGAAAUACAAAAUAUCACCAGAUUGUUGCAAUUAUUUGUUCAAUAACAAUAACUGUGCAUCGCAUCUUAGGAAAAAUAAUGUGUAUCUUCACUUUUUUUCUAUCUUAUAAAGCAUUGAUCUAAAAUUGAACUCAUCAUAUAACUGUGUAUCUGACAUAACAGUAUAAGUGCAAAUAUCAGGAUGUAAUUAUAUAUAUAUUUUCAGCAAUUAUUUUUAUAAACAUACACUACUUUUAGCAGUUUACAAAUAUGAUUUGAUUGUAUAGCAUGGUGAAUUUGGUUGUGUUAGAAUUGGCUAAUAUAAUGAAAUCCCUUUCAUUGUUUAAACUGUCCAAACUUACAGGACAAAAUGAUGAUAAAAUGAUGGAUAUAUGCUACAAAUACUCGAGAGUAUGGCGCUAUGAAUAUAACGCAAGUAAAUGUGCCGUCAUCGUUUUUAAUGAGCGUACAAACACAGGAAACUCCCGCGUGUUUAGACUUGGAAGUGAAAUAGUUAAAGAAUCCGAAAGUUAUUCACAUUUGGGGAUAACUACCGACGCGUGGCUUUCGUCGCAAAUGCUUAUAGCAGACGCCUGCAACAAGCUUCGAGGUACAUACCUGAGCAUAUGCAGCAGCGGCUUUAAUCCAUCAUCACUCAGCCCAAUCACCUUAAGAACAAUUUAUCAAUCCGUGGUUGUCCCGAAAGCAUUAUACGGCUGUGAACUGUGGACUGUUAUCGGUGCCAGCGAUAUGUUACGCCUUGAGCGCUCUCAUCGGUUUUGUAUUAAAUCUAUGCAGCAAUUUCAUUCCUUAACGAAUACGGACUUUGCAUUAGCAUCAAUUAAUGUAAACUCGAUUGAGAAUAUCAUUGACAGGAAAAAGCUAGUGUUUUUUGGUCAAUUAUGUCGUUUACCAAACCAAUACCUUGCCAAACAAGUGUUCAUUAACAGACUUGUACGAUACCUGAAUAACGACAAACAAACUAAAGGCUUCGUUCCGGAAAUCUACAGACUGCUGUAUAAAUACCAACUGCAAUCGUGUUUAGACGGGUAUUUACAAUCAGGUUUGUUCCCGUCUAAGCAAGCGUGGAAACAGAUGCUCCAACGAUCGGUAUCCGCUCCGGAACAUCACAGACAGUUGGAAAGUAUCCGGGACGUGUGUCCCACAUUGAACCUUGAUGAUGUUCUACACGUAGAUAAGCCCUCGUCCCUCUGGAAAAUAUCCCGGAUUUCGCCUAAGCUAUCGCCCUUAAUAGCCACCCUGAUGGCACAACUGGGAGGAUUCCUCUCUAGAUCGUACCCAACAGUGUGCUCAUUGUGUGGGAUACACACGGAAAACAAACUACUUCAUUCAGUGUGUUUUUGUUCGAGAAGGGAACUGUUACGUGACUCACUUUGGGAUGCUGUCAUUUACCAAAAGGGGUCUCAGUGUUUUAUUAAAUUAAUACGAAAGACACCAUUAAAACAAAUCGUAACGUUGUUUCAAAUGACGCUAUCAACUACAGAUGACAAUCGCCUGAAUAAUCAAUUAGCAAUCCUAUUGCUGAGACUAGUUUGUUAGUUUGUGAGUGUCUAAUUAUAAAAUCGUCUCUCUAUUGUUGUUGAUAUGCAUGUACAUAUAUUAAUAUACACAUAUUAUUAUCUAUUGUAUACAUUAAUGAUGUAAAUACUUGUUGUAAAUGUGUUAAGCUCUCCAUGAAUGGAGGAAAUAAAGAAUCUAUCUAUUAUACAACACAAAUUUUGUUCAUUGCUCCUCAAAUACUGGUAGGUGUGAAUUAUUUUUCAAUAUGUUUACCAACAUCAUUUUCACAUGUAUUUAAUUCUCAUCUGAUCAAUAAAUCGUUUGUUUGCAUAUUUGUUUAUACAUUGAAUAAAGAAGACAAAAC